UUCUUUUAAGAACUCAAAAUAGCCAGGGGAGGGGAUCCACACUUAUUUCCUAAUGUGCACGUGAAAGGGUGUGUUGAGGGCAUGACAGAGAGGAAAAGGAGGAGAGAAAGAGGAGAAGAUAGAAGAUUCAUCCUGUGAACUGACCUUGGGCACCCUUAGAGACCUCUGCAGCAGGUCCUUGGUGCCUGGCUCAGAGAUGAAGCCCCCCAGGAAAGUCGUCCUUGCAAUCCCUCUGUUGUUCCUUCUGAUCUCUUCUCUCUUGGCCUCUCCAGCCUCUGACAACCUGCCAAGAGCCACCCACUCCAAUGGCCACGUCUGUAUAGGAUGUGUAUUGGUGGUAUCUGUGAUUGAACAGCUGGCACAAGUUCAUAACUCCACUGUCCAAGCUUCGAUGGAGAGACUGUGUGGCUAUCUUCCAGAAAAAAUGUCCUUGAAAGCCACCUGUCACUUAGUGGUGCACAUGUUUGGGCCAGACAUCAUAAAACUGCUUGGUACAGCUGUGAAUGCAGAUGUGGUGUGUCACACACUGGGAUUUUGUAAGCAGACGGCUGGCCAGCCCCAGUGCCAUCUCUACCCACUUCCCAAGGAGCCAUGGGAAUUCACACUAGAGAAGGCAAAAGAAGUCAUCAAGAGCUCACCCACUAUGAAAUAUCCUGGAGGUGCUUCAGAUAUUUGUUCACUCCCAUUUUUGGCCAAGAUCUGUGAGAAGAUUAAAUUAUCUAUAAACUACUCUGUGCCAUUCAAAGAUGUGGAUUCCGACAAAUACAGCAUUUUCCCAACACUGCGGGGCUAUCACUGGAGAGGGAGAGAUUGUAACGACAAUGACAAGAUGGCACACCCAGGCAGAAGGCCAGCCAACUGGGAUGCAGAGCAGGACUCAAACUGUAAUGGCAUCUGGGGUGUUGAUCCCAAAGAUGGAGUUCCAUAUGAGAAGAAAUUCUGUGAAGGUUCACAGCCCCGGGGGAUCAUUUUGCUGGCAGACUCUGCUGGGGCUCACUUUCACAUUGCUCCAGAAUGGAUCACAGCUUCACAGAUGUCGUGGAAUUCCUUCUUGAAUUUGCCGAUGGCUCUUACCAAUGAGCUUGACUGGCCCCAGCUGUCUGGAGCUACUGGAUUCCUGGAGGCUACCAGCAGAAUUGAAGGAAAAUCUAUUUACCUUCGUUUACGGAAAAGAAACCGCUGCAACCACAGAGACUACCAGAAUGUUUCCAGGAAUGGGGCAUCUUCCCAAAACCUGGAGAAAUUUAUAGAAAGCUUGUCUAGGAACCAAGUGUUGGACCAUCCAGCCAUUGUCAUAUAUGCCAUGAUUGGAAAUGAUGUCUGCAAUGGGAGGACUGAUCCAAUUCCCCAAAUGACUACUCCUGAGCAAUUAUACUCCAAGGUCAUAAAGAGUCUGAAUUAUCUGAAUGCCCACCUGCCCAAGGGGAGCCAUGUGAUUCUCUAUGGCUUGCCAGAUGGAGCCUUUCUUUGGGAUAAUUUGCACGACAGAUACCAUCCUUUAGGUCAGCUAAAUAAAGACGUGACCUAUGCGCAGUUCUACUCCUUCCUGAGCUGCCUCCAUGUUACCCCCUGUCAUGGCUGGAUGACUUCCAACAAGACCCUUCGGACUCUCACUUCAGAGAGAGCAGAAGAACUCUCCAAUACCCUGAAAAAAAUUACAACCAGUGAGAAAUUUACAAACUUCGAUCUUUUCUACCUGGAUUUCGCCUUCCAAGAAAUCAUAGACGAAUGGCGGAAGACAGGUGGGCAGCCCUGGCAGCUCAUAGAACCCGUGGAUGGGUUUCAUCCCAGCCAGGCAGCUCUGCUGCUGUGGGCAGAUCACUUCUGGAAGAAGGUGCAGCUCCAGUGGCCCCAGGUUCUGGGAAAGGAGAAUCCAUUCAAUGCCCAGAUUGAACAGGUGUUUGGGGACCAAGGUGGGCACUGAGAGUCUCCAGGCCCAGGGAAGAACUGGGAAGCAGAAAUGUGGAUGAAUGUCAUUGAACAACCUGCUGCUACUUCACAGGCAGAAUGGAUCCUCAUUGGCUGAAUGUUUUCAAAAGGGAGUAAGAGCACACCUAAACUGAGCAACACCGGCAUGCUAAGCGCCCCUGAGCUUCCCAUUCAUGAAGCGCUUUGCCAAGCAAGCAACUAUCUGUGUCCUUCCCCAGUGAAUUGUUCCAAAAGGGGCUCCUAAAAAACCCACCAAUCACCAGCUAUGACCUUCAAUUUCCACGGGGUCUCUGUGUGCCCACAAAGACUGACCUUUCCCUGUUGGUGGCUUCAAGAUGCCCAGCAAGCAGCAGGACCUCCUUGGAAGGCCACUGGCCAGAGGUCAAGGUCAUGCACAAGCAGGGACAAUCCACCAUAUAAAACCUCUUUAAAAAACAAUGCAAAACCAUGAAUACAGAUUUAAAUAUGCUCUUACAUACUCAUGUUGGAGAAAAGAAAUGAUUACAAAUCACACACCUUGAUGUAUAAUAAUCCCAAUUGGGUCCA